GCGACCACGGCCACUGGCUGACACCGUGUUGUGUCGCACAGCCCGACAGUACACUCGCAUUACACUCGCAUUACACCCGGGCUGCCAGAAUAUCAAACACUGCGAUUUCGGAGUGUGCUGCUGGAAGCGGAGAGAGCGCGUCGGUCCCCCGGUCGAACACAGCCCCCCUCGCUGGAGGGAGACCCGCGGAGAAAAGCUGCAAUGUUGACAAGAUUCAUUCAUCUGAUUUGAGGAGGACGACUUUUUUGUGUCUCGGUCGCUGCUGACGUAACAUUUCUACCAUGCAAGGAUACCUUUUCGUCUGCUUUCUGCACGGUGUCUCGGUGUUGCCCAGUGCGCGGAAUCAGGCGUAAUGCAUUUCAGGGAACCACGCGGGCUGUAGCGAUUCUGCGAGAUAACGUUGGGCUUUGCAGCAUGGACGCCGCGGUGGAGACGCGGGAUUAGAUCCAUGUCCAGCGGGACUGGCCGGGAUCUGGGGAAUCAUAUUGUACAUUGUUGCAGGACGGUUCCUGCCGCCGCUGCCCCCCGUCCAUCCGACGUAGUUGUGAAUUGAACAUGGCGACUGUACCACCAGUGUAUUGCAUCUGCAGAUUACCGUACGACGUAACCCAGUUUAUGAUCGAGUGCGACGCCUGCAAGGACUGGUUCCACGGAAGCUGUGUGGGUGUGGAUGAGGAUGAUGCCCCUGAUAUCGACAUCUACCACUGUCCCAACUGCGAGAAAACGGACGGUAAAUCCACCCUCAAAAAGAAGAAGAACUGGAACAAACAGGACACGGGACAGAGCACCGACAUCAAGGCUGUUCAGAAUGGCAGCCAAGUGUUCAUCAAGGAACUCCGUAGCAGGACGUUCCCGAGUGCGGAGGACGUGGUGGUGAAGCUGACCGGGCCCCAGCUCAGCAUGGACUACCUGGAGGAGAACGGCUUCAACGAGCCCAUCCUGGUGCUGAAGAAGGAGGGCCUGGGCAUGUCGCUGCCCGCCCCCACCUUCUACAUCAGCGACGUGGAGAACAACGUUGGCCCUGAUGUGGGCGUCGACGUGGUGGACGUGCCCAAGCAGACGGACAGCAAGAUGAAGCUGAAGGAGUUUGUGGACUAUUACUACAGCACCAACCGCAAGAAGGUCCUGAACGUCAUCAACCUGGAAUUCUCCGACACCAGGAUGGACGGCAUGGUGGAGAGCCCAGCGAUCGUGCGCCGGCUGUCCUGGGUGCAGAACUACUGGCCGGACGACGCGCUGCUGGGGAAGCCCAAGGUCACCAAGUACUGCCUGAUCUGCGUGAAGGACAGCUACACAGACUUCCACAUCGAGUGCGGAGGCGCCUCAGUGUGGUACCACGUGCUCAAGGGGGAGAAGAUCUUCUUCCUCAUCAAGCCCACCUCGGCCAACCUGUCGCUGUACGACCGCUGGAGGUCCUCGUCCAAUCACAGCGAGAUGUUCUUCGCUGACCAGGUGGACAAGUGUUACAAGUGCACGCUGAAGCAGGGCCAGACCCUCCUCAUCCCUUCAGGUUGGAUCAACGCAAUCCUGACCCCAGUGGACUGUCUGGCCUUUUCCGGCCACUUUGUGCACAACCUCAGUGUGGAGAUGCAGAUGAGGGCGUACGAGGUGGAGCGGCGGCUGAAGGUGAAGACCCUCACGCCCUUCCCCAACUUCGAGACGGCGUGCUGGUACGUGGGGCGCCACUACCUGGAGAGGUUCAAAGGUUUACAUAAAGCCAACAAGCAGCCGGCGCCCUACCUGGUGCACGGCGCCAAGAUCCUCAACGGCGCCUUCAGAGCCUGGACCAAGAAACAGGCCCUGCUGGAACACGAGGACGAGCUCCCGGAGAACAUGAAGCCCACCCAGCUCAUCAAGGACCUGGCCCGGGAGAUCCGCGUGGCGGAGAACGCCACCAAGGCGGUGAAGAGCGAGCCCAGCAGCGCCAAGGUGCCCGUGGAGGAGCCCCCCUCCGCGCACUCGGACGGGGAGGAGGAGUCCGACAGCCCCGCCCACACGCCCUCGCCCGGCCGCGACAAGACCCCCCGGAAGAAGGCCACCAAGCCCUCCAAGCCGCCCAAGAUGCCCAAGGCGCCCAAGCCCCCCAAGGCGCCCAAGGUGAAGGAAGGCGGGAAGAAGAAGGGCAAGAAGGCCAAGGAGCCGACGCCGCCGCCCCCCAAACCCUCCAGCUUCGCGGCGUUGGAGUCCCACGCCAAGGACAUCCUCAGCAAGAUGGACCAGCCCAAGAAGGGCAAGGCGGUUAAGAAUGUCCUGAGUAUGUCAGAGAAAGAAAUAUCAAAGCAGAACAAUGUGGAGAAGUUUGAGAUCAGAGAGCAGAAUAGGAACAAGACUGAAGCGAAGUGGAAGUACAAGAAUAGUAAACCAGACUCCCUACUGAAAAUGGAGGAGGAGAGCAAAAUGGACCGGUCGUCGAUGAACAAAGACCGGUUCAGCUUCACCAUGUCCCACAAGAAGCUCCUCGGGUCUAAGGCCCUGAAGCCGGCCGGCAGCCCGGGCGUGUUCGGCGCGCUGCAGAACCUGAAGGAGGACAAGGCCAAGCCGGUGCGGGACGAGUACGAGUACGUCUCAGAUGAGGGCGAGCUGAAGAUCGACGAGUUCCCCAUCAGGAGGAAGAAGAAUGCCACCAAGAGGGACCUCUCCUUUUUAUCCAACAUACGAGAGCCGAUCACGCCGGCCAAGAAACCAAAGCUCCUGCCCGCCGUCACCAAGAACGCAGACUCCUCUGACGAAGAGUCAUUACACAUCGACACCGAGGUCAAACCCGAGGUCAAAGGUCGCAACUCGAAGGUCAAGAAGAAGGGCGGGAACGCCGCCGGCAUCCUCGACCUGUUGCAGGCCAGCAAGCAAGUGGGCGGCAUCGACUACAACACCAACAGUCAGCGUCCUGCAUCCCCCAGCACACAGGAGGCCAUCCAGGGCAUGCUGUCCAUGGCCAACCUGUCCUCCUCGGACAGCCUGCCGCAGCCCUGGUCCAACAGCCAGUCCAAGACCAACAGUCAGUCCAAAGGGAACAGCCAGGCCAAGGGGAACAGCCAGGCCAAGGGGAACAGCCAGGCCAAGACCAACAGCCAGGCCAAGACCAACAGCCAGGCCAAGACCAACAGCCAAUCGAAAGGGAACAGCCAGGCCAAGGGGAACAGCCUGGCCAAGACGAACAGCCAGGCCAAGGCGAACAGCCAGGGCAAGACGAACAGCCAGGCCAAGGGGAACAGCCAGCCCAAAACCAACAGCCAGUCCAAAGCCAACAGCCAGCCCAAGGCCAACAGCCAGCCCAAGGCCAACUCGCACGGCGCCCAGGCCGACAAGAAGGGCGGCCGGGCGGGCGCGGGCGCCGGAGGCGGAGGCGGGAACAGCAAGCGGCCGGCCAAGAGAGUCCCCAAGAAGCCCCGCAAGAGCAGCAGCAUCGACAGCAUGGACUUCGACGAUGACCAGGACCACAUGGACGCCUGCUUCAAGGACUCGGACUACGGUGAGCCCCCGGCGACGCUCGCCGGAUCCCUUUAAGGGCCUGAGGGUUUGUUUAAAGGCUCCUUCGUUUAGCACGCGGCGAUGUCGACGGGGUCAUCACAAGCCAUUGGUAGACUGGGUAGACACACUCGUGACAUCACGAGUGGCAAGAUUUGAAAUGGCUUGUAAUGACACCAAAGAGAAGUAGGGGAGCCCUUUAAAAUGUUGUUUUUGUGUGCGUAUCCUGAUGUGCAUGUUGUUAUUCGGAUAUAUGUUUGUGUAUGGACUAGACUAGAACAGGAAAGUGGGUUGAAAGAGAGAGAGGAUGACAUAACCUCAGGCCGCAAGGGAACCUGGUUUGCUGUAAGAUGCCCUCCCUACAAGUGUUAAAGUACCCAGAG